GUUGGAAGCACGCGUAUGCCUUGGAUAUGGACGAUACAUUCGUGCCUACCGAGCACGAUUCCCAGUUGGAUCCAUGCGCCCCAAUCCCUGCGCCACCGGCCUCGGUCAAGAGGAAGCUCUUCGUAGAAGAGCCUGCGGAGGCGGACAGACAGGCACGGCCGGUCGCCACGCCUUUGGCAAACUUGAAGAAGCUUCUGGCAGAGAGUGCUGCAACCAAGAGAGCAGCUUUCCAGAUGCGUGAGGCAAGGGCCAGCUCAGCAGGAGGAAGCACUUCUCCCCCUGUGGAGCGUGCAUCUCAGAGCAUGCUUGCGAAAGAGCCCUCGCCUGCGAAGCCGGAGCAGCGUCCACUUUGCAGGCGAGAAGCUGGGAGUGAUGACGUGGCAAAGUCUUUGGAUGACUUGAGCGCUAGCCCGCUCACCAGACGUGAGCAGCUGAAGCUUGUGAAGGAGGCUGAGCCAAAGGGCGCAGCCAAGCCUAAGGUCAAAGCCACGGCAAAAGCCACGGCAAAAGCCAAGGCAAAAGCCAAGGCAAAAGCCACGGCAAAAGGCAAGGCAAAAGCCAAGGCAAAGUCCAUGGCCAAGGAUGGGGCAGAGACCUCUGGAGCUACGAGGCUUGAGGAAGCCGAAGCUGAGGGUGGCUCCAAUCCAAGCCCAGCUGGAAAGGCCAAGAGGGCGGCAGAGACCGAGAAUGGGGCUGAGGCUUCGGAGAAGCCACCUGGGCCAGGCCAGGGUUCCCAGGCGUCCCUUGAGAAGCGGCCAGGUACCGAGACAAGGGAGAACCCGCCAGCCAAGAAGAAGAGAGGACCCAAGCCUAGGUCAACCGCGCAGACCCCUAUCCCGAGUAAGAUCGACAACAUGGACCCAGCACAGGUCAUGAUCUACUUGCAGGGCGAUGACCAGAUCAUGCGAUUGGCGUUUGAGUUCAUUCACGAGAUGUCGCGGCCC